AUGUCGGCGAGUGUAACUGACGACAUUUGCUUGGCACAGGCGACGUAUUCCAAGGCUGCCAAGGCCGAACUAAGCGAUCUCGAUCGCGCCUUCCGACUCUACGUAAAGGCCGCCGAAGAUUUCCUGAACAUAGGUCAAUCAACUCCAGAUGCAACUCUGCGCAGCAAAUGCAAAGACGAGGCUGCAAAGGCCUUAGAUCGCGCAGAGAAAAUAAAGGCAGCCAAGCCGGAUUUGACACCAGUGGCUACAAAUUAUUUCUCCGAGCAAGCACAACGCUCUGUGCUGAGAAGAUCAUCAUUUGUCAAUAACGUUCGCAUUCCGCUAUGGGACGAGGAUCCCGUCAGUCUGGAUGAAAAUAGGUUACCUGCAUUUUCUCCGGAACAAGAGUACAGUGGCGCAAUGUGGCGCAGAAUUGAGGGCGCACAGAUUCAUGCACCCGCUCUGCAUCUACUGCCUGAAGAUAUUCUACAACAUAUUGUCACUGACUGUUCUACUUGUGCUUCCAUUGCGGUCUGUGUGUCUCAUCACCUGCGCUGCCAAUCUCAAAUCGUGCUGUCAAAUCUAAAGCCGAACGCUCCAUAUGGAGCCCCAUAUGACUCCCAGGACGGUUUAUAUCGCCUUCGUAUAUUCCUGAAUGGCGCUUGGCGGCGGGUAACAAUCGAUGAUCAACUACCUACCUACCCAAAUGGUAGCCUCAUGUGCCUGACGACGGGUCCGAAACGCCUGCUUUGGCCCUCACUAGUAGAGAAAGCGUGCGUGAAACUUGUGGGCACUUAUGAUUUCCCUGGGUCCACGUCGUGUGCAGAUCUGAACCUUCUGAUCGGAUGGAUACCGGAACAUGUGGAUCUCAAGAGUGCCAACCUUCAACGAGAACGAUUGUGGGCCCGCCUGUUCGAUGGCUUUACGAAAGGAUACUGUCUGUUCACUGUUGGCACUGGAGAGAAAGUGGAAAUACUUUCGCCAACACUACCGAGCCUUAUCCCAAUACAUUGCUACGCCGUCGUUGACGUCCGAGAGGAUGAUGGCUUUCGUCAUAUAACAAUGCUUGAUUCUUGGGUUCGCACGACCGACAAUCUCGUGGACCAGGCGGGAGACAAGGCAGUGUCAUCUGAGCUAGAACUGACCUGUGUCUCAGGGAGUUUCACGAUGUCGUGGGACGACGUUUGCAACACGUUCGACGGCGUUUACCUCAAUUGGGAUCCUGGCAUCUUCCAUAGGCAGAUCCAAUUUCACAGCAUCUGGAAGUCGUCAAGUCGAAAGACUGAAGAAGGGCCUCGACAUUCGUCAUUCUUCCAUCUACAGCUACGGGUGAAUGGCGAGCAGUCCGCACGCGGGGGCCAAGCUGUAUGGGUCCUCCUUGCCCGACACGUGAAGGAGACGGGGCGCAAGUCGGAGUUCACCUCUCUAUUCGUGAGUAGCGAGGGCGCUUCGGGUCGUGCCCCCAUCGAUGCUGCAGCGCUGGCACUGAAGGGCGAAUACUCGAAUAGCAUUCAUCACUUGGUGCGGACGCAAGUGAUGCCGUCAGACGGCAUCUUGCAUUUAGUGGCUGCGUACGACGGCGAGUUCAGUGAGGUCGGCUUCACCAUCAGCGCAUAUGCAAACUGUGAUAUAACAUGGAUCGAAGAUCCCCCCAAGGCGUUGUACGUGAAAGAGAUCGAGGGCACCUUCAACGCCAAGACCGCGGGAGGGAAUCAUCACUAUCCCACCUUCAUGGACAACCCCCAAUACCACCUGCGGAUACACGAUCCCACACCGAACGCAACAAGUGCGAAUGUCAAGGCCCCCACGUCUCUCAUUGUGCAGGGCCCGCGGGAUGUACCGAUGAACGCCUCCUUAGUGUGGUCGCAAGGAGAACGAGUCACCGAGCUGGGACAUAAUGAGGUCGCUGCCUCGUCGGGGCCGUAUAGCUACGGAUACGCGCAUUGCUACCGAGAGCUGACUGCUGGCGACUAUACACUUGUUGUAUCCGCUUUUGAGCCGCGGCAUCUGGGCGAAUUCCAGCUACAUGUAGAGAGCCCGCUGAGGUUCGAGCUGACGCCGAUUCCACAAGAAGGUGCUGGCAUGUUUAGUAAAGUGAUUCGGGACGCAUGGUCCGAAGGCACCGCGGGUGGCGGUCCCAACUUCAAGAGAUAUGCGACGAACCCUGCCUACGAGUUUCAAGUCGAAUCGGCCACUCAAGUGAAAUUUCGACUUCAAUUGGUACAGACUGCCCCGCCCGCUGCCGUCAACGUAUCCAUAUUCCACCAGACAGCGACUGGUCUGAUGCUCGUCACGACUUCAGGACCGUAUUCCGACAGUGUCGCAGGCGUAGUCACUCCUCAGGUCGCCCUGCAACCUGGGACAUAUCUAGCAAUCCCCUCUACUUACCACCCAGACGUCCAGCGUGCGUUCAAACUCGUGCUCUACAGCAAAGAUGCUUUCAAGGGCGUUACGAAGAAACGAAGCUGA